UGCGGAAAGAACCUGUUUGAUAAUUACACGCGAAUGAUGCGUUGACUAUUGACCCAAUAGGCAGCCGGUUGGUGGGAGAAAAGCGGGAUUUCAAUGUAAGUGCUAUGCUACUAUACGGUACACUUUCUGUACUGGUGUACAUGAACUACAUCACGCGGCAUAACAGUUAACUCUAAAGUCUUUAACUUUAGUUUUAGUUUAUCAUUCAAGCUCAGUACUUUAACAACUAAUCUGUUAUUUACUAAUUGCAAAGUGCAGUUAUUGUUCAUCAAAUCUGCAACUUUGAUAAAUUCGGCCAAUAGUUUAAAUAAUUUAAAUAUCAAAAAUGGUGUGUGCGUGUACUAUGACAAUAAUUGCAAUUCUUUAUAUUUUAUUCGAUGUUAAUUAUUUUUUGAGAAUAGCUUUUACAAUCGGUUGGGGCAGACUUUUUCAAAAAAAGAAGAAAGUUUUUGAAAAAACUACUAUUUAUGGCAUUUGUACAUCCCAAGACGUGGAUAUAUUUUUAAAGCACAUGAACAACGCCCGAUACCUCCGCGAGCUGGAUUUCGCGCGAUUCCACUACUACGAUAGAUCGGGAAUCUACGGGGAAGUGAGUCGCAGAGGUGGAGGCGCAGUUCAAGGUGCAUCAUCGACUCGUUAUCGACGAGCGCUGCCUAUUUUUACACCUUACAAAGUGACCACGCAGUUGAUUUACUGGGACGAGAAAAACUUUUACCUCGAACACGAGUUCAUCAGUCUGUCAGACAAUUUCGUCCGCGCAGUCGUCCUCAGCAAGCAGACGGUCACCGGGUUAAAGGUCCCCGUGUCGGAGGUGAUCGCUAAGGUCGAGCCCUCUGCCCAGAGGCCGGAGAUGUCCAACGAGCUCAAGUUGUGGCUCGACUCCAUGGAAGAAUCCUCACAAAAAUUGAGGAAACGCAGCUAAACUAAUUUUCAAAUUUAUUUUUUUAUUUUUAAUAUAUUUUUUCAAUAUUUCUUAUUUAUAAUUAUUAUUUUAUUGUCUUAGGUGAUUGAAAAGGCUGUUGAUAUUUACUUAAUAGCUUAAUUUUCUAUAUAUUAUUGUAACUAAAUUUUAUAAACAAUUUUAU